AUGUCUUCCAACGUCGGCUCCCACAACAUCUACGAGGAUGGUGACCAGAAGAACUACAAGCAGUCGGAGCUCAACACCGGCGAGGAGCGCUUCCACGAGGGUCAGGUCCACAGCCACAAGGCUCUCGACUCCAAGGAUGAGCGUACCAUCGCCAACAAGCUUGCGCGCGAGGAGAAGCGCCAGAACGAGCCGGUGCCCAAGGACCUCGAGCAGGUCCAAUACGAGAAGGACGCGACGUUGCCCGCCAAGGCGCACGGCAACGACCCCAGCCGCGGCGCCCAGCUCGACCAGGAGCUGCGCGAGGAGGACGAGGCGGCGCUGAAGAAGAAGGGCCACUGGGGCUCCAAGCAGUAA